AAAAUUUUGGGUGUCAAACGUGUGUCAAUAGUCAAGCCUCUGCGUCAAAUUCAUCAAUUAAAAUCAACAAAAUACAUGCCCGUACAAAUAAAAUUGUAAAAUAAGUUGAUAUUAUAGUACCUUCUUAUAUGUUUCAUGCAACUAAAAUUAUUGAUUAAAUAAUUAAUCUUAAUAUGUCUCGGCAAACUUCCCGUCUUGAUGCAAAAAAAGUGAAUUCGGAGCUACUUACACUUACGUAUGGGGCUUUGGUUUCUCAAAUGCUCAAAGAAAUUGAAAAUCCAGAGGACGUAAACAAGCAGUUGGAACGAAUUGGAUACAAUAUGGGCGUGAGGCUCAUCGAAGAUUUCUUGGCGAGAACUACGUCAACUCGGUGUUUGGAAAUGAGGGAAACCGCCGAUAAAAUACAGCAGGCUUUCAGAUUAUACCUAAACAUGCAGCCCACAGUAACAAGCUGGAGUAGCUCUGGUGAUGAGUUCUCGCUGGUCUGGGAUCAGUGUCCGCUCAGUGAGUGGGUUGAAAUGCCAAAUAAUGGUCUUAAAUAUUGUACACUUAUACCUGGAGCUAUACGCGGAGCUCUGCAGAUGGUACAACUUGAUGUGCAGUGCUGGUUUGUGCAGGAUCAACUUAAAGGUGAUGCUGUGACUGAACUCAGAGUAAAAUACAUAAAGAGAUUAGAGGAUGCUGUGCCGGCCGGUGAAGAUUAAAUAAUUACAACAAGCAUAGUAAUUAUUAUUACCUAAUAGUAUGCGCAAUCUAACUUGGCCAGACUGAAGUAAGCAACAAGUUUCAAGCGACAAAUACAAGAACCAAGAGAUUCAAGAGACUUUGUACAAUCGAUAAUGUCCUGGAGAACCAACUUCAACCAAUUCUCGCCAAGUAAUAUACAGGGUGGCCGGUCAAAUGAUGUCACAAAAAAAAAUGUAGGUCCGGUACGUUGGGGACUAUUCGAAUCACCCCCAUGUUUGUUCCGCCAUUUUGUAUAGUUUUGGAAUUAUGAUUUUUUUUUCGAUUUUUUGAGGAAUUUCGACAUGACCAUCUUAAAAAAAUUCUAAAAAUAAGCAAAAUACUUUUUUAGAGUUUUUUUUGCAACUGAUUUCUCAUGAGUUGUAUUUAUGCAUAAAAUAAUCAGCAUUCGUAGCUUUGAUAAAAUUUAUGAAAAUGUUGGUCUAAGGUAAAAAUUUAAGUUAGAAUUUUAACUAAAAUUUUCAACAUUUUAAAUUUUUUUAUGACGUCAACUGAUCGGCCACCCUGUAUUGCAAAUAAAGCAACUUUUUAAAUUAUUAUUUUAUGUGUACAGUCGUAUUAGAGCUUUUUAUAACCAAGCUUUUCCAGGAAGUACUACCAUCAUAUAAACCCAUUACCGGUCCACUACAGGGCACGGGUUUACUCCCACAAUGAGAAAGGGCUAAAGUUCCACCACGCUGGCCCAGUGCGGAUUGGUGGACUCCACA